UACUGGAACUCUGGAAGCUAAGAAAACACACCUUAAUUACGUAUUUAUCUCAACAAUCAAUUACAAUUAGCCUUCCAAAAAAACAAUUAAUUAGCUUAUUAAUAGCAUGGCAGCAGAAAAGGCAACGACAUUAUCCAAAGUGGUCGCGGGGAUCAUCUUGCUGCUCCUUGCGGUGCUUUGUACCGGCACCAUUGGUGAGGCGGCAGCCAUCUCGGGAAGCGAAGAAUCGAUGACGGUUUCUACCACCGCUGUGAAGACACCGUCUGCGACGGUGGCAUCAAGCGGUGGUGGUGGUGGCGGCGACGAAGGUCGAGUGCUGAGCAGAAGAUGGCUGCAGGAGCAGGGUAGUAGGUGUACCUUUAAAUGCAUGACGAGGUGUCAAUGUCUGAGCUGUGACUGCCCUGAGACACCAAUUACCCCGUAACACAUUAUUGCAUAGCUACGUAUAUGCGCAUUGAGGAGGGCUCCACAAUAAACUACCCUGAUGAUGAUAAUAAUAAUAAUAAUAAUAAUAAUAAUAAUAAUAAUAAUAAUAACAUUAAUAAUAAUAACAACAAUAUUAUGAUAUUGUAGUAAUAAUAACAACAAUAAUUGCGGAGGGAUUGAGUUAAAAGACUAAUAUCUAAUAUCUUAAUGUUAAUUGUGAUACUAUAAAUUGUUUAAAAUAGGGGGGAAAAGGUAGUAUGUAGUAGUAAAAAAUAUGUUUGUAGUAGUUAAUAUGUUUAUUAUCAAACUAGUUUAGUAACGCGCGAUGCACGUUCGUGUAACUGCCCAAGACCAAUGCACAAGACCAUUGUAGGCAUAUUAAUUGAUAGUCGAGUUAGGUUGAGUGAAUACGUGAGUAGUACGAGUAAACUAUUUGUAUACUUUGUUUGUUGGAAAUCGAUAAGAAACCAUAAUGAAUAAAAUCUUUGUAGCUCCGAUUGUAUGUUGGAAAAUAAAGCAACCAAAAUGAUUAUAAUAACCAUAAUAUUAACAUAUCUUAUAAAGGCCAGUUUUAGUAUUAAAUGCUCAUGGUUUGUCAUGGUUAGGCUUUAAAGUGUAGUAACGUAUGCUAUCAUAUUGUCCCGUAUGAACUAUUUUUCAAAUUGCCGACCUCACCAUCCAAUUUUAUCGUUAACAGUGUUAAAUUCAUUUGGCGAUGGUUACUUGUGUUUAAGGAUGCUUACUCCACAUACGAUAUGAAAUCGGUAUAUCCGCUAUGUGUUAUCAUUUUUGUAUCAACUCUUUAGUUUCAACAACUUUUAAUUUUUCAGCGUAUCUCUCGUGUCGAGUGUUUUCUUGGUUUGAAUCCAUUUUUUAUUUUCCAACCAAAUCAUCACAGGAUACCCACAUCUCUGUUCGACAAUGGACAAGAUGUACCCUCUUAUCAAUUUAAUUUUAUAUUCAGAUUUUAACUUUUCACAUAUUCAAAUACAUAAUGGGAUUUAAAGUUCCCUUAUCCCCUUCUCACGAUCAUGAUCAUCAAUAUCUAAGUUGUACUAUU